GAGUAACCCCGGGGGGUCGUGGCGCCACUGGCUGGUCUGCUUGCUGUCCGCCCGCUGUCGCCAUGGUGCUGGAGAGCCUGGCCCGCAUCGUCAAGGUCCAGCUGCCUGCCUACCUGAAGCGCUUACCGCUGCCGGAGAGCGUCGGCGGCUUCCUGCGCCUCACAGUUUCAGAAUGGCUGCGGUUGCUGCCUUUCCUGGGUGUGCUGGCCUUGCUCGGUUACCUCGCUGUUCGUCCCUUCCUCCCCAAGAAGAAACAGCAAAAGGAUAGCUUGAUUAACCUCAAGAUCCAGAAGGAAAAUCCAAAAGUAGUGAAUGAAAUAAACAUUGAAGAUCUGUGCCUCACUAAAGCUUACUGCAGAUGUUGGCGUUCUAAGACGUUCCCUGUCUGUGAUGGCUCCCACAACAAGCACAAUGAAUUAACAGGAGAUAAUGUAGGUCCACUAAUACUCAAGAAGAAAGAAGUAUAGCAGAUGCUUAAUCCACUAGACAGGAUUGAUUAGAAGUCUUUUUUACCUUUGUAGUUGCAAGGUACAGCAUAUUAUUGUGUGAUUAUUUUUUUUUUAAGAUUUAGUCUAAUGAUUACUGUAGAUUUCUUUUUGGAAUAAACUGCAUUUAGGCAGUGCUAAAUCUGUCACUGUUUUGAUACUUUAUUCUGAGAAGAAUGAUGAGUGCUUUGUAAAGCUGUAAAGUAACAAUCUCUGUAAAUAAGUCGUUUAUUUCAAUAAUAAAAUGACUUCCUACAGUUGGCCUUUUUUGUAUGAACAUGCAAUUAAAGCUGUCACUGUUUUCAAGUGUCAGAAAUGCACCUUUCUGUUGAUCUUUUCUGCUGAGUAGCCUUGUUGUGUUUUGCUUUCCAGGAACAAAUUUCAGUGCACUUUAUGUGAGAAGGAGAAUGAUACUGACCUCCUCCUUUGUGAAUAUGCUGAAGCGUACCACUGAGGGCAGACAGCAUAGUGAAGGUCUGGCCUGUG